GAGGUAUAUCUUAUUAUAAAAAGUUAAAGUUAGGGUUAGGGUUUGCUUUCAAUCUGUUGCAAACAACAGAGCAGAGCCAUGUCGUCAACGAGGAAGAUCAUCCUGAAGAGCUCGGACGGUGAGACCUUCGAGGUCGACGAGGUGGUGGCUCUGGAGUCGCAGACGAUUAAGCACAUGAUCGAGGACGAUUGCGCCGAUAACGGAAUUCCAUUGCCGAACGUGACGAGCAAGAUCUUAUCGAAGGUGAUCGAGUACUGCAAGAAGCACGUCGAGACUCCAAAAUCCGAAGAUCGCGCCACCGGCGUCGAGGACGAACUCAAGACUUUCGAUAUCGAAUUCGUCAAAGUCGACCAGGGCACUCUGUUUGAUCUCAUUCUGGCAGCAAACUAUCUGAAUAUCAAGAGCUUGUUGGAUCUGACCUGCCAGACUGUUGCAGACAUGAUCAAGGGAAAAACUCCAGAAGAAAUCCGCAAAACAUUUAACAUUCAGAAUGACUUCACCCCAGAGGAGGAGGAGGAGGUCCGCAGGGAGAACCAAUGGGCCUUCGAAUGAACGAUCUGAAAUGACCAGUCUUGUUUUUUGGUAUUUUGGCUUUUAGGCUGGAGUGUAUGGGGAUGGUUGUUUCUUGUCACAGUUCAUUUUGCAAAACCCUGUAGUUAUUAAGGUAGAGUGUCUGAGGGCACUUGGAACAAAUUUACCUCACCGGUGGUAAUAUGGUAUAUUUUGGAUUAAUCACGUUAAUAUGUUAUAUUUUGUUUCUCCAACCAUGGAUUGUGUUUCUUCUCUUGUUGAAUCUUGUUUGCUUAUGAGUUGAUGUUUUUUGGUCU